AAAUAAAUAAACAAACUUAUUCAUUAAUUUUAAAAAAGAAAUAUAAUUUGGUCUUAGAAGAGGUCGCAGUUUUUCAUUGAACUUGAAAUUCUGUCCUCCAGCCUGGCCAUCUACCUUCUCAGCUAAACUUGACUCCAGAUAACACUUAGCUGGUUUCCGAAAUCAAACCUGCACCUUAAUAAUUCACCAGUGAAUUUAGGCAGAGGAGUGUAUGUUGCAGGCUGAGAAGGUAGUUUAAAAGGUUUGGCCAAAUGCUUUUACUAAAGUCAAACAGGUCCAGAGACCUCUCCUCCACCCCAAACCUGGAAUGACACACGUUUGGAUAUGUGAGUUCUGCAGAUAAAAACCCCAAACGCAACGAAUAAGCACCUGGCCUCAGCCCCACUCCUGCUUUGUCACAACGUGGAAGAACUGGUGGCGAGUGGCACUGCCCUGUGAGGUUCCCGGGCCACAGCUCUGGGCAGUUCAUCUGGCCUCGUAAGAGUGCGCUACAGCUGUGAUUCUUGGCAAGGGCUGGGGAACUUGGCAGGGAGAAGGUUGAAAACAUUUUGAUUAUUUUGGUUCCAGAAUCUUUCUUAAUGUAAAGUACCUAUAACUGAGUAAUUUAUGUCUUCUUAGGGGCAAUGCCAUCUCCUAUUUGGGGGCAGGAAUGGGGUAGCGGGAAAUCUCAGCCUUUGGGAGUCUUGGUAGUGGAUGAUUAAGAGGAGGUGCUUGUUCAUAUGUAGAAAAACAGUUCAUUUAAGGGCCGGAAUAUUUACUCAAAACAUUUGAGGCACAGUCAUAGAUGGCAGAAGGCCCAAACUGGACAGAUAUUGACAUGCAGAGAAAGCAUGAGAGAUACAGUUGAAGAGGAGAAAAGAAGAGGGAUUCCACACAGGUCUGGGACCCCCCUGUACCCCUGGGGGAUCGGGUGGACCCUCAUGGGUGCUGCCAGGGCAGACAGUACCCUGUGGCCUACAUGUCUGUGCAUCUGCCUCAGCUUCCUGGGCUUCCCAUCGCUUAAGUCCAUUUGUUUGCUCUCGUCCAUUGAGUCCAUGCUCACCCCUCUCCCUCCUUGUUGGGCUGCAGGAAGUGGCCCCCUUUCUGACUCCAGUGCUUUGUCAUACCCUAACCAUUAUUUUAUCAAGUGCCCGGCAGCAUGCUGGGCUCUGGGCUCACCUCUUUUACCAAUCCUGAGAUGCUGCAGUGGCUAAAGCUUUGGAGCCAAACACACUUCCAUUCAAAUCCCCGGUCAUCCCCGGUGUGUGAUCGCGAAUAGCUCACUAAAGUCUCGGGUCAUCAAUCUCUCCAACUAAGGAAAUAGGAGAAUUAGUAACUCACCUCAUAAGGCUUUAUGAGAUUAAAAUCACAGUGUGUGUAGGCCCUUCUUAACUGUAGUUACGAAUAAAAGCCUUUCAAUCCCCUGCAAAACAGAUUGUCUCUGUCUCCACAUGGGGUGGCAGGUGAGGUGAAAUGUCCGAUCCACAGCUCCAGCACUAAUACCAGCCAGAACCAGGAUCGCAAACCAGUUCCAUCCGGCUCCCAAACCUUGCUGACCCACCAUCUGUGACAAGGCACGUGGUUCUGUUUCCAGGCGAAGUCCACUUUGUCGAGUUUUGUGAGUCUGACCUGCCAAGUUUUCCAGUUUUCACUUGUGACUUAUUCUCUUCUGGACGCCCUGGUCUUGCCUUGGCCUGAAUCAAAGCAGUUGGGAGGUGAUGAAGAUCGAAUAUCUUCAAAUAGCCAAGUCUGGUGAAACACAGAAUCCAAUUUAUCAUAAAUGUCAAAAAGUCGCUGAGGCAAUUAUUAUAGUAGCUCAGAAGAAAAGUAGCUGUGUGACCUCAGGCAAGGUGCCUUCUCUCGUUUGUCAAAUGAGAAGUUUUAAGAAAUUUCAAAUUUCUUUUCCAGUGCCAACAUUUCUGUAAUAUUUCCGAUUUUCCACUACAGUUGUUUUUUUUAGCUGGAGAGAGAAAGAUCUCCUUUCUUAAUCAGGAAACAAGGUAUAACAAUCAUGCCUGUAAUCAUUUCAGUGUCAAGCCAUAUGCCAUUUAUUAUUAUUCUCAUUCAAGCUUCCUCACAUACAAUGCUCAUAUCACUGAUGAGUUGAUUUCUCAGAUGUCUGUUAAAUUCCCUUCCUCAUGUAAUUCCUCACAUAAUUAGUUCAGAAAAUGCACCUUGAACUCCAUUGUAGAAGCUUACAGAACACACAAAACCCACUUACUGUUGAAUAUGCCUGAAUUUCAGUUGACUUCUGAAUAACUCAUAUUUGAGCGGUUUAUGUCUCCUGUCCUACCACACCAUCAUCUAUUUCUGGAAACUUAAGGAGACAAAUCUCAAUUAUGCCAGAGAAACAGUAGCCAUCCCAGCAGGACACUUCGAAUCCUAAAACCCUGUAGGCCAGUGCCAAACUCUUGUUGCCUUCCAACAACUUGACUAGCUUCCCUAAUUACAAGCAAACAAAAACAAAAGCAAAAACAUCAACAAGAUAUAAUUCCCAUAUGAUUUCUCAAGUUUCUAAAAGAUAACUUUAUUAAACAUAAAUUUUAUGGGAAAGAGACAUUUUCCUUAUGGAGACAAUACUGAAAAUACCCAACUUCGUGAUUUUAUUUUUGAAGAAUAAAAAUUUGUGGGAAAAGUAGACUUAAUAUAUGGUUUUUCUUGUCAUAAUCGUCUUUUGAACAAAAUGAACUUUUGGUCUUCCAAGAAAGCUUCUCCUUGAGGUGCAGUUAUUAAAUCAAUAUUUGUUGAAAACUGCUUAGCAUCCAGUACCGUGAGGCAGUGGGAUCCAGGAUGGGUAAGGCCAUCCCCACUUUCUAGGAAGACAGCCCUUCCAAUGGGGGAUGGCAUGCAAAUAACCACAAUACAUGGUUGUCAGUUGCAAUAUGUUACAGCAAGUGGGCAAUAGAUUCUGCCUGAGGGUGUCAGGAAAGAUCACAGAGGAGGUACGUUGAGUUUCAAAGGAUGAGUAGAUGUGUGACAGUUUUGCAUGUUUGGGUGUCCAAAGAGAAACUGAGAAGACUGAUUUAUUCAAGGGAUACCAUCUAGGAGGUAAUACGGUAGAAUAUAAUUAACAAUGAUAGUCACUCUUGCUUAUUAAGAGUGACUUGUGCCUAGUAGGCACUCCACUCACUAGGCACUAGGCACUCACUUGGCACAAGUAUUGAUAUUAUCUCAUUUUAUUCUCACACUACCCUACUCUUACUAUCAUCUCCAUUGUAUAGAAGUGCUAACUGAGGCACAGAGAGUUAAUGUAACUUGUCCAAGGUCUCACGGUAAGUGGCAGAUCCAAGUCAAACCCUAUCAGUCUUAUGUCAGACCCGCCUCUCAACCACCAAGUCCUGGAAGCAUUCGUGUUAUUUCUCUGUCCAGCUAAUGUCGAUAAGAUCAAGGGGAGGAAUUCAUUGGCGGUCUAGUGGUUAAGACUCGGUACUUCUACUGCUGGGGGCAUGGGUUCUAUCCCUGGUCGGGGAAUUAAGAUCCCACAAGCCACGUGCACAACCAAAAAAAAAAAAAAAAGUUCAAGGGGAGGAACUUGUCAGUCAUAGGUUGAUCAGUGGGUGGAUAACAAACUAAUAAUAAAAGAAAAGAAAAUUGCAGAGAGUAAAAGCUAAUAAAACACAGAUUUUAAAAACUGAACUUUCACCUAAUCGGGUUGCUAGACAGUAAGCUCGUAGUAGUGGCCUGUGAAUGAUCCAUUUAAAAAGAGCAGGUUGUUUUGAUAUGAAUAAAACUGACUCCUGUAAAACUAUUCAGGCAAAUUUAGGGUUCUCAGGCCCAGAGGGAUAACUGCAAGACUAUCCAUCCCAUUGUUCAGCCAGCACUUCACAUAUACAGAAAGGAGCCAGGACUGAGGAAGAAGAGUGGCCAUCGAUAAUUACAUGUGGAUAUUUCCAUUUCAGUCUAGUCCAUUUCCUUUUCAUUUGAAAACAUUAAUAAAUCCAUGUAGUUGAAACAGAGUGGCAUCUGGGGAUGGGAGUCCUGGGUUAGUAGCAUCAAGGCUCCAGCAUAGAACCUUAGGCAGUUGCUCCAUCGCCCCAGUAGUGCAUAAUCACAGCCCUGGCACACACUAGACCCUUAAUAAAUGGUAAUUAUUAUACUUUACUUAAGUGACCUAUUCAGCAAGAGUGUCUCAUGUUUCAACAUUUGUCUCUAGGGAACUUCUGUCAAUAUUAUCUUGACCAUUAAAUAUUGAUGGAAACAAGGAGUAGAAUUAGCAAAUUCUUAUCAAAAAAGGAAAUAUUUUUGAAGUGUGACUCAUGUGUUUAAGACUAUAAUCUUGAAUCCAGUGAAAAGUGUUUUCUUUGGAUUUAAAAAGAGACUUUGCAAAGUAUGUUCUGUUCUUUAUCUUGACCAGGAAUCCACGCCUAAUCAGGGGAAAUAGUAGAGGCUGAGAGAGAUUGAGAAACAGGUGAAGUCUUAGUACCAGUAAUAAUUUUAUAUAAUAGAGGGGGUUUUACUUGUUUGUUUUGCAUUGUUUUAUUUUUGCCAGGGGACCAAGCCGUUUAGCAAAUGCACUAUGGUCCCAGGAGUCAGAGUUGACUUGAGAAACUUUGUUUUAUAUAAAAUCAAGAUUAUAAAGGUUUGAAAGGCCAGAGGCUACAAACUGAUGGCAGGGUGAAGAACAGAGAAUGCAGUGAAGUUCAACCCCCAGAGACCAAAAGUUACUGCUACUCGCCAUUAGUCUAACUUACCUUGUAGGAUUCCACUAUUCAACCAUUCAAUGAACAGGUCAGUUUGGAUAUAGAUUAUUUGGACUCUUGAUGGAAUCAAAAGAAAAUAUAAUAAAGACAAGUUUUUAAAACUAGAUAAGAGAGUGUUCAUUCUAUUUUAAGUAUAACAUUCUAUAAAUUAAUUUCUACAAAAUAAAUUGAUUCUCAGUGCCUUUUGGAAAUAGGGAAAAGAAAGGAACGUAGAGGCAUUUAAAUGGGAGGGAAAAUUAUUUGCAGUCAUCUGAAAUUUCAACAUGAAAUAUAUUAGGCCCCAAAUAACCUAGGAUGUCUUAAAUUUUAUUUUAUUUAUUUUUUAUACAGCAGGUUCUUAUUAGUUAUCUAUUUUAUACAUAUUAGUGUAUAUAUGUCAAUCCCAAUCUCCCAAUUCAUCCCACCACCACCACCCCUGCCACUUUUCCCCCUUGGUGUCCAUACGUUUGUUCUCUACAUCUGUGUCUCAAUUUCUGCCCUGCAACCGGUUCAUCUGUACCAUUUUUCUAUAACCUAGGAUGUCUUAUAUCAGAAAUUGGAGGUGAUGUUAUUUUAACUACGAUUUUUAAAUACUGCAUUCAAGAUAAGACCACGGUCUUGAGAUGGUCACACUCAAUACAUUCUAGCAUACUUUUAGAAGUGUCCUAGCUUGUUUCAAAUUUAUUAAUUUAUUUUUUACAUUUAUUUAGUGCAUGUUUUAUCCGAUAAGAAAAACACUACAAAUCAUUUUUUUUCCUGAAAAUGCUGCUGUUAACUAGCCUUUCCUCUAAAAGAAUGUCCCUGCAAAGAAAAAACAUGUGAUUACCAAGCUUCUAGAAAAGUAAGUAAGAACUAAUUAGGCAAAAUGUAAAUCAAACACUGCGACAAUCAUAAUUUUAAUCCACAGUAAAAUCUCAGUGUGCUAGUAAACUUACGAUGGUGCAGAGUCUUGUCCUUCCAAUGAUUUAAAUCUAGAAACAGAUCUAACACUGAGAAGAACCAGAUAGAAACCACCAACAUUCCUGUUUCUCCUGAACAUUUUGAAUGAGACUAGAACAUGUUCUUUAGCCAAAGAGACAGUGUAAACUCAAGGAAAAUGAAAUGUCUCAGUGAAACAUUUUAAUGAAAAUAUGUAAUUUAUUGGAUAAAGUGUAAGUUAAAUAUUUUCAUUAAAAUCUUUGACUGACAUUUAAUUUUCCCGAAUUCAUAUUUGUUAAAAUGUUUGGUUUGACAAAAAUAAAAUCAGUAUACAUUACUUUUAAGUAUAUGGGAAAGAAAGAGGACUAGCCGUUAUGGGACUACUUUCUUUCGUUUUCUGAAGUUAUAUAAGCAACAUCCUUUUAAAUGAAAAUGUGAGAAGUGGAAAAAGCAAGGAAAAAAAAUCACAUACAGUCCUUCACCCAAACUCGACCACUAUGACCAUUAUUGACAUUUGUAGAUAGUCCUGUUUCCUUUUUUUAAAUAUUUCGAUUGUGAAGUCUAACAUACCUACAGAAAAGCCUAUAAAAUUUCUAUGUGAGGUUUAGCAAGUAGUUAAAAAAUGAUUGCCAAUGUAACCACCAACCAGGACAAGAAAUGAAAUACUGCUGGAGGCUCCCCACACCCGUGCAGCCCUUCCCUUCCCCUCACUAACACCACCACUACCCUGAUUUUAUGGUAGCCAAUCCUUUGCUUUUCUUGAUCAAUUCACCACCUACACCAUUGCCACCCACAUAUACACCCCUAAACCAUGCACCUUUAACUCGGUUUUCCUACUUUACAUAAAUAUAUUUACACUGUGCAUUUUCUUUUGUGCCUUGCUUUUUAAAAAUUCAAUAUUAUGUUUAUAAAAUUCACCACUGUUUUUGUAUGUAGCUGGAGCUUAAUUUUCAUUAUUGUAAAAAUUCAAUAUUGUGUUUGUAAAAUUCACCGCUGUUUUUGUGUGUAGCUGGAGCUUAAUUUUCAUUAUUGUAUAAUAUUCCAUUAUAUGCAUUUAUCUAUCUACUAAUGGGUAUUUGGUUUGUUUUUAAGUUGAGGAUAUUACAAAUAAUGUUUGGAUAUGUAUCCUGGUGUGAUUAUCCAUGCUUGUCCAGGAGUAUAAUAGGUGUUCAUAAGGUAUGGCUUUUAAUCAUAAUUAAAUAUUUUAACAUAAUUUUCUAAGUAGUAUUUUCUAUUAUUUCAUAGUUGUAAUAACCAUCAUUUUGUUGGAUAAUUUUCCAUUUAUGGCUAAAUGUUACAGCCUGGUCUUUUGUAAUAAAUUCACUCCACUUUCUAAUGCUUCUAGAGCUGGAAACAACUAAAAUCUAGUCUCUUAGCAAGUUUAAUGUUUAUAACACACUUUUAUGUCUAUGCUCACUGUACUGUGUAUUACAGUGGUCUCCGGGACUUAUUUAUCUACUCGUUGCACAUGUGUAACCCUUACACAUCUCUUCCAUUCCCUCACCCCCUGAGACCUAUUGUUUUAAAAGCGUGGUUUAGACUUCCUGCUUCCACUGCAGGUGGUGUGGAUUCAAUCCCUGGUGGGGGAACUAAGAUCCCAUAUGCCCCAUGGCACGCCAAAAAAUAAAAUAAAAUAAUAAAAGCGUGGUAAGUGUUUGGCCUGCCAGGAAAAUUAUAGAGUUCAGUUUAAACUUUUUGUGAAAAGUUUAGUUUUCAGCUAUACAAUUCUGUGCUAUGUUGAAAUCAACGUGUCACGUUUGCCGAACUCCACUCUUCGACAUCUCCUUCCUGACUUCUUUGAGAGUCAUUUUAGAGUUUCUCCAGGCAGGCUCCCUGCCCGGCCACUUCACAGACCUCCUCAGCAUCCAAUAAAAGCUUUCGCUGUGCUUUGACACAGGAACCAAGGUUGCUAAGAGACCACCUGUGCUGAAUGCACUUUGUUCUAGCAAGAGCAGCUGGAGAGAAAACCCAGGAGCAGCAUUAUCAACCACUACCCGGGAUUAAGUCAGGGAGCAGGAGCGUUUGGAUAUGACGUGUAAACACUGGAUGUUAAUUUCUACUACUAACCCCACAAGUCUGGAAGAUGAAAUUGUGGGAAGACUUCUAAAAAUUCUGUUUUUUAUCCUUGUUGACUUCCUGUCUAUUAUAUAUGUUGUUAUAACUUCUUAGAAAGCUGACUUCCCUUACUUUACAUGUGAAUUUCAUAUUGAAUUACAGUGAAUAAAAUUUUGUAAUUUAGUAUGUUGAGUGAUUUUAAUUUGAUGACAUCUCCAA